AUUCUGUUUGAAUGGUUACUUAACGUAGUACGUAUUGUUUUAAUAAAUAUAAUGUUCCUCUUACGUCUUUUCAUUGUACAUAAAAAUAUUACUCCAGUGUAGGAAGUUUCCGGUGGUGUGGGGUCUCAAAGCUUAGAGAGUAGUAUGAGAUAUAGUGGGAAUUGCACAGUGCUUUUCUGAGAAAGAGUGUGUGUGUGGAACAGAAAACGGUCACCAUUAAAGCCAAGGACCUCAGCAAGCUUGCAUUGGUCCCCUGUUUUUUCUCCUUGACUUCUUCUGCCGCCUCUGCAUGCACCACUUAAUGCUUUCUCUUUCUCAGCUACUCAUUUUUCAUCUACCCUCCAUUAAUUGCUUCAUUUUAUAACUACUUGUUUCUUGUUCUGCUUCUUCUCUUCUUCUGGGAGUUAGUUGGUCCCCCCUCCUUCACCCAAGAAAGAAAGAACAUUCCAUUAAUUGGCAAUUAUAGGAGUAUUUAUUCCCAUUUCUAAAUGGGGUUUUAGCAAGCUAGAUUUGUUCCAGCAUUAAUUGUUCGGUAGCUCAAUCUUGACUUGUCUUCUGAUUUGUAAUUUAAUGCUUCUCGUUUUCACUGAACUGGGCAGGGGCCACUCAGUGCUUUUAGUUUCUUUCCCUUGGGCUUAUUCGUGAUUAGCCAAGAAUACAAAGAAGGUACAACCUUGGAGGACUUACUCAUGAUUCAUUGAAUGUAAUUUGGAAAUUUGGAUUCAUGGGUUGCUUCAAGAUUCUUGUGAUAGUGUUGGUUAUUUGCUGUUUCUUUAUAGAAAACACGUACCAGUUACAGUCCUAUGAAAUUCAAGCUCUUCUUCAGUUGAGGAAGCACUUGGAAUAUCCAGUUCAGCUGGAUGUUUGGGAGAAUGACGAUGGAGAUUUCUGCAGCUUAACUUCAACACUUCAUAUGAGCAUUACUUGUCAAGACAACUCUGUUACUGAGCUCAAAAUCAAGGGUGAUAAGUUGGUUAAGUUAACUGAAUUUCAUGGAUUUGCUGUUCCAAACCAAACAUUAUCUGAGGGUUUUUCCAUUGAUUCAUUUGUUACCACUUUGACAAGGUUAAGUAACUUAAAGGUUCUUACUUUAGUUUCUCUUGGUAUUUGGGGACCCCUUCCUGAUAAAAUUCAUAGGUUGGCUUCACUUGAACUUUUGGAUAUGAGCUCAAAUUUUCUAUUUGGUUCUGUUCCUUUUCAGAUGUCAAGAUUGAUAAAGCUUCAUACUUUAAUAUUUGAUGGCAAUUUUUUCAAUGAUACUAUCCCUGAUUGGUUCGAUUCUUAUAACAAUCUUACUAUACUAAGCUUGAAGAACAACAGGUUGACGGGCCAGUUUCCUUCUUCAAUGUCUAAAAUCACGACCCUCACUGACAUUGUUCUGUCACACAAUGUGCUUUCUGGUAAAUUGCCUGAUUUAACGGCCUUGUCUAAUUUGCUUUUACUGGAUUUAAGGGAAAAUCAUUUGGAUUCUGAACUGACACCCUUGCCAAAAAGACUUACCACAGUUCUACUUAGCAGUAACGCUUUUACGGGUGAAGUCCCGGAAGAAUUUGGCACGCUAAAUCAACUGCAACACCUUGAUUUGUCAAAUAAUUCUCUCGGUGGGAUGGUGCCUGCUGGCUUAUUCUCUUUGUCAAGCAUCAGUUACUUGAAUUUAGCGUCUAAUGUUUUCAGUGGUUCACUUCCUAGCAGUCUCACUUGUGGGGGUGAACUUGGUUUUGUUGAUAUUUCUGAUAAUAGAUUGGUUGGUAGGCUUCCUUCUUGCUUGAACACCGUUUCAGAUAAGCGAAUUGUUAAGGUCAGUGAAAAUUGCUUGUCUCUUGACACUCAAUAUCAGCAUUCCGAGGGCUAUUGCAAACAAGCAAAUUCAGAUAAGAAACGGAUCACAGUGAAAGAAAUAGCAUUAUUGACAGGUGUUAUUGUGGGGAUUGUAAUUGUUGUGGUGUUUCUGUUAGUUGCGCUUCUACUCUUUCGUAGAAGUCAGCGUGCACAUAACAUGGUGGAUCAGCACAUGCUUCCGAAAGUUGUGCAACAUAAUGCACAACCCCAGGUUCCUUCUGAACUCCUAGCAAAUGCCAGAAUAAUUUCUCAAGCGGCAAACAUAGGAUCACAAGGUGCCCCAUCAUAUCGGGUGUUCUCCAUGGAAGAGUUGCUAGAAGCAACAAAAAAUUUUGAUCAGUCGACGUUACUUGGUGAAGGGUCAGUUGGAAAAAUUUACAAGGGAAGAUUAGGGAAUGGAGCUUACGUCGCUGUAAGGUCAUUAAAUGUGUACAGAAGAUACUCUAAUCGGAACCUCAAACUACGGUUGGAUUUACUGUCAAAGUUUCGUCAUCCCCAUUUAGUUAGCCUUCUGGGUCACUGCAUUGAUGGUGGGGCACCAGAUGAUUCAACUGUGCCCAGAAUUUUUCUCAUAUAUGAAUAUAUCUCUAAUGGAAACUACCGUGCUCAUCUAUCAGAAAAUAGUACAAGAAAGAUCCUCAAGUGGUCAGAUAGGUUGUCGGUGCUGAUUGCCGUUGCCAAGGCUGUACACUUUCUUCACACAGGUGUAAUUCCUUCUUCAUUUAGCAACCGCUUGAAGACAAGUAACAUAUUGCUUGAUGAGCAUAACAUGGCAAAACUAAGUGAUUACGGGAUGUCCAUUCUUAUGGAAGAAAGUGAAAAGGCAAAAGGAGAAGAUGUCACCUCCUGGCAUAUGACGAAGAAAGGGGAUGAUGUUUAUAACUUUGGUUUCAUAUUACUGGAGUCGCUGGUUGGGCCUACUGUUACUGGAAAAGGAGAAGCAUUUUUGUUUAAGGAAAUGGCAUCCUUUGGCAGCCAAGAUGGUCGACGCAGAAUCGUGGAUCCAGUAGUGUUAAGCACUAGCUCCAAUGAGUCUUUGUCAAUUGUAAUAUCCAUCACCAACAAAUGCAUAUCUACAGAGUCAUCAACUCGCCCCUCGUUUGAGGAUGUUCUCUGGAACCUACAAUAUGCUGCUCAAGUCCAAGCUACAGCUGAUGCAGAUCAGAAAUCCGAAGUUACUUCACCGUCAUGAGCUAUUUCAGAGGUCCAACUACAUCGAAUCAACGAUAUUUGGUCAUAUAGAAUGGGACCAAGUUAGCUGAUUUCAUGAUGGUUGUGGAAGUACCAAGUACCAAGUACCAACCAGUAGGCUAGCCUUAAUUAAGACUCAAGUUUAAGCUACAGGUCCUCCCACAUUGUCUUUAUUUUGCAUUAGAAAUUUAUAGGUGAUGUUUGCAUAUAGCAUAGGCCAUAGGCCCUCAUUUUAAAUUUAUCCUUGAUAGAAUACAACUAGAACUAUAGUAUUUGUUAUUUCUUGUGGGUGAUCAAAACUUUUGGUCCGGAUGUCACUGACAGGAGGCAAUUGAGAUCUAGAUUCAGAGAAAAUACUUUAGUCAUCAUGUAUUUGGUGCAACCGAAACAAAAAUGUGGAUACUGCAACUGCAAGACAUUAUGACUAAUGCCAUCAAAUUUUUUGGUGGCUGCUGUUUGGAGCAGUUAGUUGAGAGACCAGACCAUACUACUCUAUAGUAUAACUUGCACAGAGGACUAACCGAUGCAAAAAGGAAAUGAUUUGUUAUGUUCAAUUACUUGUAUCAUUUACCGAUUUUUUUUUUCCUGUUAUUACUUUUAUUUUUGUGAAAAGAGUAACAUUUGCGAAUGAGCUGAGGACCA